CCUUUGCUGUGGAUGUUGCUGAGUCGUGCAGGUGCUCAGGGUUGUUGGUGUGCAAGGUGGGGAAGUGGCAAGGGCGUUUCAAUAACACUUGGUAAACUAAGUUGUUUCUGUUCUGAAACUUUCAAGAAUAUCAAUUUAAUUUGUUUGUUUCAUUUUCAAAAGACUGGAACCAUGGUGUGGUCUACUAUUUAUGAUACAGAGAAGAUGGACAUACCUUCAAGCCAAGUCCCUCGGAUGCAGUUGCAGGCUGCAGAUGCAUCAUCACAUCUGGAUCAUAUGUGUGCCCUUGACAUUGACUCAAAAGCUUCAUAUGUCCGCUUGUCAGGAAUCAUUUGCACAAUUGGCCCAGCAUCCAGAGAUGUAGGAAUGCUAGAGAAAAUGAUGGAAACUGGGAUGAAUAUCGCCCGUCUCAACUUCUCCCAUGGUAGUCAUGAGUAUCAUGGAGAGACCAUCACUAAUAUCAGAGCAGCUGUUGCUAACCAUAGCAAGAAAUUAGGCAUGAACUAUCCCUUGGCUAUUGCCUUGGACACCAAGGGCCCUGAGAUUCGCACAGGAUUAUUGGAAGGGGGUGGGUCAGCUGAAGUUGAAUUGAAGAAAGGUGACUCAAUCAAGCUAACAACGGACAAGGCACAUGCUGAGAAAGGGACUGCUCAGACAGUCUUUGUGGAUUAUGAGAACAUCACUAAGGUGGUGAAGAAAGGCAACAGGGUGUUUGUUGAUGAUGGACUCAUAUCGCUUGUUGUCAACAAUGUUGGUUCUUCAGAGUUGGUGUGCACAGUGGAGAAUGGCGGUCUGCUGGGCAGCAGGAAGGGUGUGAAUCUUCCAGGAGUGCCUGUGGACUUGCCUGCAGUAUCUGAGAAGGACAAGGCAGAUCUAAGGUUUGGGGUUGAACAAGAAGUAGACAUGAUAUUUGCUUCUUUCAUACGUGAUGCAGCAGCCCUUCAAGAAAUCCGUGGAAUUUUAGGUGAGAAGGGGAAGAAGAUUCUUAUAAUUUCUAAGAUUGAGAACCAUCAAGGUAUGGUGAACCUAGAUGAGAUAAUUGAAGCUUCAGAUGGUAUUAUGGUGGCUCGUGGUGAUCUAGGUAUUGAGAUUCCUCCUGAGAAAGUGUUUCUGGCACAGAAGGCAAUGAUUGCACGGUGUAACAAGGUGGGAAAACCAGUUAUCUGUGCUACGCAGAUGCUGGAAUCAAUGGUCAAGAAACCACGCCCUACCCGAGCUGAGGGUUCAGAUGUGGCAAAUGCCAUUCUAGAUGGUGCUGACUGUGUAAUGUUAUCUGGAGAAACAGCUAAAGGUGACUACCCUCUUGAAUGUGUGCUCACAAUGGCUAACAUCUGUAAAGAAGCAGAAGCAGCCAUCUGGCAGAGACAAUUGUUCCAGGAACUGAGUACCCAGGCAUUGCCACCAAUUGAUGUAGCUCAUACCAUUGCAAUUGCUUCAGUGGAAGCAUCAGCUAAGUGCCUGGCUGCAGCAAUUAUUGUCAUAACAACGUCUGGGCAUUCAGCUCAUCUUAUUGCUAAAUAUCGACCAAGGUGUCCCAUAAUUGCCGUGACUCGUUAUGCCCAAGUUGCUCGACAGUGCCAUCUCUUCAGAGCCAUCCUGCCUCUUCAUUAUACAGAGGGUCCUCUACCAGACUGGCUGAAAGAUGUGGAUGUAAGAGUACAGUUUGGUCUCAAGUUUGGUAAGGGGCGAGGCUUCAUAAAGGCAGGGGAUCCUGUAGUUGUUGUGACAGGAUGGAAGCAAGGUCCAGGAUUCACCAACACAAUGCGCAUUGUAAAUGCUGAAUGAAAUGCACGUGCUGUCACUGAUAUGAGAUGUGGAUUGAAGCAUGGAUAAGGAAAGUAUGAAGUCACUAGACAUUAGAAUGUCACAUGAUAGAUGUUAUAGAUCUUGUUUUCUCCAUGUCACUGUAUUUAACAAAAUGUUUCAGUAAUACAAGUAUGUUACUGGGAUGGUUAUUUCGUUAAUUCAAAGUACAUGUACAAGACAUAAAUUCUGUAACAGUAUGUGAUAUUUAUGUUACAUUUAAAACUAAUACUUCUGUUUUAGGUUAUUGUUAAACAUGAGUUGAAGUAAUGACAUCAGUAUUAAUUUCUGCUCCUGAAAUUAUAAAUGACAAUAAUGUUAACACAGUAAACACAAGGAACAGUGUAAUUACAUGAACUGGAAUAAGGUAUUGCUUGAAAUGUAAAUAUAUAUUUAUCACUGUGAUUACCAUAGAAGUGAAUAAUUUUGUGUCAAAUAAGUAUUUGUCUAAAUUAAAACUUUCAGAGCCCUGCUAUUUUAACUCCAGCUUUGGUAGAAAAUGUGAUUGGAGCAGAGAUGUUUUUCAGUUAUUUGCCACUUACAAUACAGUUAGUGUUUUGGUUUGUUUUUAGACAGACAGAUUGUGUUAGGGUAUCACUCAAAGAUUUAAAAACAUAAAUACCAACAAAAAGCAGGACUGUAAUAGAUGUGUUAGGGUGAACAUAUAUUUGUUACAUUCUAGUCGGAUAUGGUAUGUGUGUAUUGUACUACAACUGUUUUGUAGAAGAAAACCAGCAAGUGAAUGAAAAAUAUAUUGUAUGAUCUGCAUCUGUUUA